AUGUCGCUGUUCGCUAAGGUGUUCGGGGGCCCGGGGGCGGGGGGCCGGGGCCCGAGCCCUCAGGAGGCCAUCCAGAAGCUCCGGGAGACGGAGGAGAUGCUCUCCAAGAAGCAGGAGUUCCUGGAGAAGAAGAUCGAGCACGAGCUGCAGAUAGCCAAGAAGAACGGCACGAAGAACAAGAGAGCGGCCUUGCAGGCUUUGAAAAGAAAGAAGCGGUAUGAGAAGCAGCUCACCCAGAUCGACGGCACGCUGUCGACCAUCGAGUUCCAGAGAGAGGCUCUAGAGAACGCCAACACCAACACUGAAGUGCUCAAGAACAUGGGCUUCGCUGCCAAGGCCAUGAAGUCUGCCCAUGAAAACAUGGACAUUGACAAGGUGGACGACCUGAUGCAGGACAUUACAGAGCAGCAGGAGCUGGCCCAGGAAAUCUCUGACGCCAUCUCUAAACCCGUCGGCUUUGGAGCGGAGUUUGAUGAGGAUGAGCUGUUGGCGGAGCUGGAUGAGCUGGAACAGGAGGAGCUGGACAAAAACUUGCUGGAGAUCGGGGGACCAGAGAACGUCCCCCUUCCCAACGUGCCUUCUACUUCAUUACCGUCCAGACCUGCCAAGAAAGAAGAGGACGAGGACGACAUGGAGGACCUGCAGCGCUGGGCGAUGGAAGCUAUGUAGAGGCAGCGUCUGCCACAUCAUACCUGCAUCACAGAGGGAAGAGGAAGGAGCAAGUGGGAAUGAAUGGACUGAUAGGAUGUUGUGUAUGAGUAUAUUUUUGUGUGUCUGAGGAGAGCUGACUUUAUGUAACACUACAAAAUAAGCAAAAAUGCUGUAGACUUUUGUUUUUGCGUCCCCUUCACAACUACAGAGACCCCUGGGAGCUCAGCCAAUGAGCCUUUCAGGGGCUUUUAUACUGAAGCUCUAUCACUGUACUUUGGAAAAGUAACCUCAUAUUUUUACCCUCAAUUUUAACAAUACUAGCACUUACUGAUCAUUGUACUGUUCAGGGCUAUGUCAGCGCCCACGGAGUUCAUACUGAGGUGUAAUCUCAUGAGCUCUGUGGUGCGAUAAAGGAGUUGUUACCAGAUUAGUGUUACCGACUGCAUGGUGUUUCUGACAUCACUGGAUGACAGGGGAAUUUUCAUAGAUCCUCAAUGAUCUGUUUCUGACUCACAUAUUUACCUGUGUUUUGUGGCGUUAAACUGGCUGGAUGUUUUUUGUUUUUUUCCCCCUUCUUGACAAAAAUAACAACCCUUUGCUGUCUUGUUUUUUGUUAAUGCUGUUGAAAAUAGGAGUACAGCUGAGCAUGAGCUGGAUGAAUAAGCUAUGAGCUGCGUGUUUGCGAGAAUGCAAACCUCUUUUGUUUCAGGCUGCGUGCUUUGUCUUUUUCCCUCCUCCUCGCCUCCUGUCGCCAUUUCAGCAGAUUCUCCCUCCCUCAAAGGCAUUCUCACCAGUGGUUCUUGUUAUUUGGUGUAAAUAUCCCAAAUGUGUCUCUUUUUAUAUACUGUAUUUCAGCCAUCACUGAGAGUUUGUGUUGAGGUUGUGUGAAGCAUGCAACAAUGGAUAAAUCCCUAUACAGAUCACAAGGCACGGCUAGAAAGAGAUGUUAAACAUUUUCAUUCUGCUCUGUCUGUCUGUCCUUCUCCGUCCCUCUUAUAAAGGUUUUUGUUUCAAAUUGUAUAAUGUUGAAAAAAUAAUAAUAAACCAUUGUCACACCUUAUUAACUGCAUCUUGAAAGAGAUAGUGGUUUGUAAAAGAUUAGAUUAAAGUCAAUCUACAACAUUUUGGAGUUUAAAGAGUUAUUAACGUUAGUUUUUCAAAGUCAUUAUGUACAUUUUUUACAUAGAAAUAAAACAUAACCCAAGAAUGGAUGGACAAGCAUGUUUGCAUUUAUAUGUUUUAUUUAUCCAGAUGAGAAUAUUAUUUGCAAAAUC